GUUCGUACUUCUGGGAAGGAGAAAUGUAGUUCAGGUCAGCCUGGGGAAAUGGUGACAAAUCUGAAGGCGUCCAUAAGAGGAUUGAGUGCGAAAGUGAACGAACAGAAUCAGAGAAAAUGUGAUGUUAAGGAUAAGCUGCAGCAGUUGCGUGAAAGAAUAAGCGCUGAAGGUGUUGAUGUUUCAGUCCAGGAGCUGAUACCUCUUUUGAAAUCACUCAAGGAACUGGAGAAACAGGAAUCUGAAGUCCGGUCUUAUUGCAAUGCUAAGCGUUCUGCUUUAGAAGGUGCGGUUUUUGAUUUGGAGGAGAGAGUCGCAAAAGGAUAUGAUGGUGAGAUUCCUGAGGAAGAUUUAGAUGUAUUGUUGGUUGAAUCUCUGGAUCAUCUGACUUCAGCAAAGAAGGAGCUUGCAGCAAAGCUAAGAGAAAUAGUAUCUUUGAAGCGACAGAUUGAUGAUGUCCCUUGCCAAUCUGAACUCCUCCAAUAUGAAAGAAGAUUCUCAGAGCUGAAUGUCUGUAUUCAGGAGAAACUUCAACAAACCAGGAAGCUCUAUGGGACAUACAAUGCCCUUUUAGAAAUAAAAGAUCUGAUGCUAAAGGAGACAUCAUUAUUGAAUUCAAUAGGUUCACAGUUUCAAGACGUGAUUGGUACUUCGGCUGGCCGUGUGAAGCUAAUUGAUUCAAUGGAAGGAGUCAUGAAAGGAAUCCAACAGAAGUUAGGAAAGGUACAACUUGGGCUUCAAGAAGAGCAGAAGCUCUGUGACACUUCAAAAGAAAAGUAUACUGCUGCAGCUGCAGAGCAAAGGAAAUGCUUCACUGUACUAAGAGCCUUCCAGGAUGAAUGUACUAAGAGUGACAAGCUGAGGAGUCAAAUAUCUGCUGUAAACACCUCUGACUCGAAAGAAGUGAUUGAAUAA